GAGCUGAAGCUUGUGAGUGCUCUCUCUGCGUUGCUUCUCUCCGCUGCAGACGUCGCCAUGUUAGGGGCUGUAGGACGUUGUUCAACCGGAGCUCUCCGGGCUCUUAAGCCAGUUUCUAGCCCAGUCCAACUAGGACAGAGCUUGCUCAGAGGUUCCCCUGCUGCCCUUUAUUCCCGGAGAGAUUAUGCAGCACAGACUAAUGCAGCAGUUAAGCCUGGCACAGCCACAGGUCGCAUUGUGGCUGUUAUUGGUGCUGUUGUGGAUGUCCAGUUUGAUGAGGGGCUGCCACCCAUCUUGAAUGCUCUGGAAGUGCAAGGAAGAGACACCAGACUGGUACUUGAAGUUGCUCAACACUUGGGUGAGAACACUGUUCGUACAAUUGCUAUGGAUGGUACUGAAGGCUUGGUAAGAGGCCAGAGGGUUCUUGAUGCUGGCACUCCAAUCAGAAUUCCUGUUGGUCCUGAAACUCUUGGAAGAAUUAUGAAUGUAAUUGGUGAACCAAUUGAUGAAAGAGGACCUAUUACUACAAAACAGGUUGCACCUAUCCAUGCUGAAGCUCCAGAAUUUGUAGAGAUGAGUGUAGAGCAAGAGAUCUUGGUAACUGGCAUCAAAGUGGUUGAUCUGCUGGCACCAUAUGCCAAAGGAGGAAAAAUUGGACUUUUUGGUGGUGCUGGUGUGGGCAAAACUGUACUCAUUAUGGAAUUGAUCAACAAUGUAGCCAAAGCCCAUGGUGGUUACUCAGUAUUUGCUGGUGUGGGAGAACGUACACGUGAAGGAAAUGACUUGUACCAUGAAAUGAUUGAGUCUGGUGUUAUCAACCUGAAAGACACAACAUCCAAGGUAGCGCUGGUAUAUGGACAGAUGAAUGAACCCCCUGGUGCCAGAGCUCGUGUUGCUUUGACUGGCUUGACUGUGGCUGAAUACUUCAGAGAUCAAGAGGGACAGGAUGUGUUGCUCUUCAUUGACAACAUUUUCAGGUUUACUCAGGCUGGAUCAGAGGUGUCUGCUUUGCUUGGUCGUAUCCCAUCAGCUGUCGGCUACCAACCAACACUUGCCACUGAUAUGGGUACCAUGCAGGAGAGAAUCACUACCACAAAGAAAGGGUCUAUUACCUCUGUGCAGGCUAUUUACGUACCUGCUGAUGACUUGACUGACCCUGCUCCUGCCACCACCUUUGCUCACUUGGAUGCCACUACUGUACUGUCUCGUGCCAUUGCUGAGUUGGGUAUCUAUCCUGCUGUAGAUCCUCUGGAUUCCACAUCACGUAUAAUGGACCCCAACAUUGUAGGACAUGAGCAUUACAAUGUUGCUCGAGGUGUGCAGAAGAUUCUGCAGGAUUACAAAUCUUUACAAGACAUCAUUGCCAUUUUGGGUAUGGAUGAAUUGUCAGAAGAAGACAAACUGACUGUGGCUCGUGCCCGAAAAAUUCAGCGUUUCCUGUCUCAGCCCUUCCAGGUGGCUGAAGUAUUCACUGGGCAUCUUGGCAAACUAGUACCCCUAAAAGAAACAAUCAAGGGAUUUAAACAAAUCCUUGAAGGUGAGUAUGAUCAUCUGCCAGAACAAGCUUUCUACAUGGUAGGACCUAUUGAAGAAGCUGUAACAAAAGCAGAGAAACUAGCAGAAGAGCACUCUUAAGAAUUCUUGCCCUUUUACCUUACGCACUCAUCAAGAACAUCCUCAAAGUAAACUGCUCCUGUCAAUUGGCUUGUGUCGGUUAAUUGUAUUUAACGUUUCCAAUAAAAUCUCUGUACAAAGACCAAAUAA